AUGUUGUCUGGGGCAUUAGCCUCUGGCAGGGUCUCCCAAGGCAAAUUGGUUCUGGGGGAGGGACCAGACAAAGACGAUUCAGAGACCCAGAUGAAAAACUUAAAAAGGAAAGCCACCACUUCGCCCGGAACGGGCUGCUGCCCAGAGGGCCCACCACCCACAGGGCAGAAGAUCAGGGUCGGGUGCUAUGCCCACCGAGUGCAAGGGCUCUGGAUGCCAAAGGCUCUGGACAUUGUCAGACUGUCAUGGCUAGAGCGGUUUGCAGCCGAGUGCGAAGUGGCAGGGAUGCAGAUCAGGACCUCCAAGUCCGACGCCAUGGUCCUCUGCCGGAAACUGGUGGAUUGCUUCCUCUGGCUCCACACUCCUACUAACUAUCUCAUCCUCUCCCUGGCUGUGGCUGAUCUGCUUGUUGGGGUUUUGGUGUUGCCUUUCAGCACUAUGCUGUCAGUAAGUUCAUGCUGGCACCUUAAAGCCUUGAAUGUACUUUGUAAGUUACGGGGCUGUUUUGAUAUGAUUCUGAUCACAUCUUCUAUUUUGAACUUGUGCUGCAUCUCUGUUGACAGAUAUUUUGUAGUGUGUCAGCCUCUGACAUAUAGAACUAAAAUGAAUGUCCGUGUAACUACGAUUAUGAUCCUGGUGAGCUGGACGGUUUCUGUUUUACUUGGAAUUGGCACCACACUUCGAGGAAUGAAACAACAGCUCUCUAACAGAAGGUGUAACUUUUUCCACAGCUCAAGUUCAACCGUCAUGGGAGUUGUUUUCACCUUUUACCUUCCAGCUAUUGUAAUAAUCACUCUCUACCUAAAGAUUUUAACAGUGGCACAGAGGCAGGCACGCAUCAUCCACAACACUACAAAGUCUGUCAAUAAGAUGGAGAGAAAAGCCACCAAAACUCUGGCUGUUGUGAUGGGAGUCUUUCUCAUGUGCUGGACUCCUUUUUUCCUUUGNAAAUGA